AAGAGAAAAAGCAAAGUGAAUUCAAGAAGCCCAUUGAAAAAGUACUCAAGAAACAAGCAAAGCCAGAACAACUAGAACAACAAGUGACAGAACAACCAACAGUCAAUCCUCUCAAGAGAAAACUGUCUGCAGAAGAUGAAAGCGAAACCAAGAAAUCGAAAUUGAAUGAAGGUGAAAAUGAAUUUGAGAAGUCAAAACUGAAUGAAGGUGAAAAUGAAUUCGAGAAGUCAAAACUGAAUGAACCCCCCAAACCUUCAUUUCAACCAAGACCUCGUUCGACCAGACCGAAUACAAACAUCAGAAGAGGAAAAUCACUUAAAUUAGGUCAAAGAUCAGUCAAUCGAAAUGAUGUUGAGAAACUUCAUUCUGAUAAAAAACAAGAUACAGGUGACAGCAAGAGUAAUGAUGAUUUCCGUGCCAUGUUAUUAGGCAAGAAAUAAAAAUUUUUCUUCUUCUUUUUAUAUAUAUAUAUAUAUAUGAGCCAAAAAGAUAUUGAGAGUGUGUUUGUGAAAUACGUGAAAGAAUAUCAAGAUAUCAAUGGUACUCAUAUUCAUAUUUAUGAAAGCCCUCCUUCUGCUUUAGAGUUUUUAAGAACUUCAGUUCACCCAAAUAGACCAGCUAUUAUCAAAGGUGCCUUUGAUCACUGGCCAGCAAGAACACAAUGGACAAACGAGUAUUUGAGAUCCAAGAUGGGCGAAGCUACUGUAACAGUUGCAAUUACACCCAAUGGAUAUGCGGAUGCAGUGACUUUUGAUCCAGUCACGAACAAAGAGUAUUUCGCUAUGCCUUAUGAAGCACACAUGACAUUCAAUGGCUUUUUAGAUAUCAUGGAAGGCAAAGUCAUAUCCGACCAUGCUCAUUAUAUCAGUCUACAAAAUUCUAGUCUUUCUAUCGAAUAUAGUGCAUUAGAAAAAGACGUGGACGAGGAUAUUCGCUGGUGUAGUGAGGCAUUAGGGAAGCAACCGGAUGCAGUCAAUUUCUGGUUUGGUGAUGAAAAAAGUACUACUUCUUUACAUAAAGAUCCAUACGAGAAUUGCUAUGCUGUCAUUCGUGGACAAAAGACGUUUAUACUCUAUCCUCCUUCAGAAUACUAUUGCAUGCAUGAAUCCAUGUAUCGAAAUGCUAUCUAUGAACCCAAUGAAGCAAACAUACUCGAAUUAAAACCUCUUGAGUCAAAAACACCAUGGAUCCCUGUCAAUCCCUUAGAGCCUGAUUUAGACCGAUUUCCUCGUUUUGCUUAUGCAUGUCCCAUCACAAUCACAGUAGAAGAAGGCGACAUGUUGUAUUUACCAGCAUUAUGGUUUCACCAGGUAUUACAACAAGGUUCAGAAGGUGUGAUUGCUAUCAAUUAUUGGUAUGAUAUGGACUAUAGGAACAUACUAUAUCCUACAAUUGGGCUUCACAGAAGAUGGAUGACAGGCAUUAUAGAAAACAAUCGUGCAUUAUUAGACGAAGAAGAAGAGGAAGAAUAAAUUUAUUGAAGUUCUAAAACACAAUCAUGCCAAGGUUCAGGACCAUGAACAACUUUACUAACACCUACUUCUUUAAAUCCAACACCACCAUAAAGACCAAGAAGAUUAGGUCGACUCAUAAGAACAACACGGUCGUAUUUCUUGGCUUGUUGGUUGGCUUGUUUUAAUUGUUCAAUCCAGUUUUCUAACAGUUUGGUAGCAAUACCUUGGUUACGGUAGUCAGGAGAGACACAGACACUAUGGAGACAGACAGUUCUACCGUUAGGUUCAUGACGACUCAUAGACUCGUCUGU